CGGGGCCCGCGCGAUGGCCGGGUGGCCCUGGGGCGCGCCGGGCGGGACCUUGAGGGGCAAUGGGUGCGCGCUGCUCAACGCCUCUCAGCCGGCGCCCGGCGGCGGGGAGGGCACGUGGCCGCGACCCUCGUGGCUGGCCUCCACGCUCGCCUGCAUCCUCAUCUUCACCAUCGUGGUCGACAUCCUGGGCAACCUCCUGGUCAUCCUGGCCGUGUGUCGGAACAAGAAGUUGAGGAACGCAGGAAAUAUGUUUGUGGUGAGCCUAGCAGUUGCAGACCUGGUGGUGGCUGUUUAUCCAUACCCGUUAGUGCUGACGUCUAUAUUUAACAACGGAUGGAGCCUGGGAUAUCUGCACUGCCAAAUUAGUGGUUUCCUGAUGGGCUUGAGUGUCAUUGGCUCAAUAUUCAAUAUCACAGGAAUUGCCGUUAACCGCUACUGCUACAUCUGUCACAGUCUCAAGUACGACAAGCUGUACAGUAACAAGAAUUCCCUCUGCUACGUGUUCCUGAUAUGGCUGUUGACCCUCGUGGCAAUCAUCCCCAACUUGCGUGUCGGAACCCUGCAGUAUGACCCAAGAAUCUACUCCUGUACGUUCGCACAGUCGGUCAGUUCAGCAUACACAAUAGCUGUGGUGGUUUUCCAUUUCAUAGUUCCUAUGAUCAUAGUCAUCUUCUGCUACCUAAGGAUAUGGAUCCUGGUUUUUCAGGUCAGACGGAGGGUGAAACCUGACAACAAACCCAAACUGAAACCGCAGGAUUUCAGGAACUUUGUCACCGUGUUUGUGGUUUUUGUACUGUUUGCCAUUUGCUGGGCUCCCCUCAACUUUAUUGGUCUCGCUGUGGCCUCAGACCCUGCCAGCGUGGUACCCAGGAUCCCAGAGUGGCUGUUUGUGGCCAGUUACUAUAUGGCAUAUUUCAACAGCUGCCUCAAUGCAGUUAUAUAUGGACUACUGAACCAAAAUUUCAGGAAGGAGUACAGAAGAAUUAUAGUCUCACUGUGUACAGCCAAGAUGUUCUUUGUAGAUAGCUCGAAUGAUGUAGCAGAUAGGAUUAAAUACAAACCCUCUCCAUUAAUGACCAACAAUAACCCAAUAAACGUAGACUCUGUUUGAAAAAGCAAAGAAUUACCAGCAAGAUAUGCACACUACUCAAGGUCUUACUCAUUUUCAUGUUUGCUUCCCUUUGGAAAGAUGUCUGGAAAGCAGUGUGGUUGAGAAAACUUAAUGCUCUUCAGAGGUUACCUCUAUAGUUCUUGAGCUAAUGUGCUAUCAGCCUUUUGAACAAGUCUCUAAUUCUACUUAUUAAGAGAAAUACAGAACAUAUAGAGAGUUAUAUGUUAACUGAAGAAUACGGUUCAGGGAUGGGGGUAAUUUUAAAUAAAAAUGCUGAAUGUAUUCAAGUGGAGAAAGAAUGCAAACUUUCGUUUUAUUGAAAGUGAGUGCCACAAAGGUAGUAAUUGCGUUUUUCCUUCACUUGUUGAAGAUUUCUAGUAGGGAAACUAACGAUAUGUUUUAAAAUGAGUAAGUUGAACAAAAAGGGGAAAGUAGAUGAGUGACUUGUUACACAGCGAAAGGCUGAAAAUAAAUCAGUGAAUACCUCAACCACAACCACAACCACCAUCACAAGGUUUUCAGUUGACACUGUUGGCAGUGGGUAGCUAUAGUCAUGAUCGUAAAUGUCACUCUAUUAAAAGUUGCACGUUCAACUUAAGUGCUAACUAUAUGACAGAGCUCUUUUUCAGAUGUCUAUAACUAUGGUAUUUUAAAGCAAUAGCUACAUUAUUAUAAAACUCUAUUCAACUUUAUUAGACAUUUGGCUUCUUAUUAUUUUGUCACUGAAUAUCAUGUUUAUGAUGUCACUGACCAGCUGUUUUUGAAUUGAUCUGUGUUAAUUUAUUAAGUCAUCUAAUCAGUUCAAUUAAAAAUGACAAAGAAUCAGAGCUGUAGAUUCUUGGAUAUAGUGCUGAAUGUGUUCUAGAUUGAUAAGCUAUUUGGGCAAGUAAAUAUCUAAACCACAUAGUUGUUCUUUUAUAGAUAACGCAAAACAAUAUUCUUUAAUAAUUCAUUUCAGUAUUUGGUUUCAUCUUUAAUGUUGAUGAUCUUAGGGAAUAUGACUAACCUCCACAGCUUUGAAAAGUAAAGAGAUUACUUAGAUGUUGUGCUGUGUUUUAGUAAUAAUGAAAUAAUUCUACAUCCCUGGGAAACAGUACCUUUAUUAUGAGGACACAUUUCUGUGUUCUGUUACAGGAGGUCUAGGAUUAACAUGCCCAUUUCAAAACCAAUUGAUUAUCGUUGCUUUUAGACAUUAGAUGUUGAUCCUGUCUUUUUUUAAAAAAUUAUUUUAUUGAGGUCAUAUUGGCUUAUAACAUUGUGUAAAUUUCAGGUGUCUGAUCCUGUCUUUUCUUGUGCUAAUCUGUUGCUCUAAUUUCUGAUGGAACUGUUCCUUUACAGUGAGUGAUGGGAGCAUAUCUGGUUUAUUAACAGAGUGGAGAAAGUAGUCUUGUUUGUUUGGAAUAAAAAAGUACAUUCUACCUUCUAUUUCCAUGAUGUGUUCAACAGAUCUCUCAGAAAUCUUGAGUCCUGUUGCCUAGAGAGCUCUGCCAUCUUUAUUGACUCUGUCACCAUUGAACUGGAGAAUAAAUGUUUGUUUGGACAAUUCACAAUAGUUAAACAUAAGAUAUUAACUUGAGUUCUGACAUUGUUUUAUACUUGUAGCUAUUUUAUUGCAGUUUGGAUAUAAAUUUAAAUAAAAACCUACAAAGCUGGUUUUUUCAAAAGACAAUUUAUUUUUACAUUUUUAAAAAUAUAACCCAUGGUAUAAUAUAUUUGUAUGUUUUUACCCAUAUCUGUACCUUGUUACUGCCGAGGAUGAACUUCAAUGGGAUCUC